AUCUCCAGCGUGGGCUCGCAUUUCAGCACGCGCCUCCAUCUGGCCCUAAUCGCCGAAUCACGGGCUCUCCAGGCAUCGCCGGGGCUGCUCGCCACGAUCAGCAUUUGUUUGCCAAUACAUAUUUGCGACUCCAUUCUCGCGGAUGGAUCGAUUAUCCUUCUUGAUCUAAUAUCUUCAUCAUCGCGUUAUCUGCGCUCGCCUUGCUCAUAUUUCCAAAUCUCUCAGCGCCUUGAAGGCUGCUUUGCAUUUAGCCCACCAUGCGGCUGACGUCUACUACUCUGCUCUCUGGCCUUGCGGCCUUUGGGCUGUUUGGAUCCUUUGUAGCCGCCGCCGAUGAGGAUUCAAAGGCUCCGAAAGAGACCUACUUCGACUCUCUUCCGGUGCCCCCCCUUGUGGAACUGACUCCUAAAAACUUUGAAGAGGUGGCAAACAAAACAAAAUGGCUACUUGUGAAGCAUUAUAGCCCCUUUUGCCACCACUGCCUGGCGUACGCCCCGACCUUCCAGACUGCAUACGAGUUCUACUACACAUCUAAGCCAGAAGAGGCUGGCGAGAAGGACUUCACCAACUUCUACGACUUCAAAUUCGCCUCCAUCAACUGCAUUGCUUUUAGCGACCUUUGUACUGGUGGCCUGAACAUGACCUUCCUCUCUAGCAUUAUCGAAGAAUCCUUGGAAAAGUCGAAGCCUGGCAGCCGACCGAAAACUCUUGAUCUGCCUAAAGCAGGGGAGAACAAGCGCCCUGCGGUCGAUCCGAAACGAGCAAAAGAAGUUGAGGCUGGCAAGACACCUAAGAAGCCCGUCGCCACAGCAAAUGAAGAGGGAACAUCGGUAGCCUUGACGGCUGAGAACUUCCAGCGUCUGGUGACAAUGACCCAAGAUCCCUGGUUCAUCAAGUUUUAUGCUCCUUGGUGCCCUCACUGUCAAGAUAUGGCACCUACCUGGGAACAGCUGGCCAAGACCAUGAAGGGCAAGCUGAACAUUGGAGAAGUCAACUGUGAUAAGGAGACCCGUCUGUGUAAGGAUGUCGGUGCUCGGGCCUACCCCACGAUUCUCUUCUUCAAGGGUGGUGAGCGGUCCGAGUAUGAGGGGCUUCGAGGCCUAGGUGACUUCAUUCAGUAUGCUGAAAAGGCCGUCGAUCUCGCCAGUGGUGUUCCUGAUGUCGACCUUGCGUCAUUCAAAGCAUUGGAGCAGAAAGAGGAUGUCAUCUUUGUUUACUUUUAUGAUCAUGCCACCACUUCCGAAGACUUCCAAGCCAUAGAGAGGCUGCCACUCAGCCUUAUCGGGCAUGCCAAGCUUGUCAAGACCAGAGACCCCGCCAUGUAUGAUCGCUUCAAGAUCACCACUUGGCCGCGGUUUAUGGUGUCAAGAGAAGGCCGCCCCACCUACUUCCCCCCUCUUACACCCAACGCUAUGAGAGACACGAACCAAGUGUUGGACUGGAUGAGAUCGGUCUGGCUCCCUCUUGUUCCUGAACUGUUGGUGACAAACGCGCGCCAGAUUAUGGACCACAAGAUUGUUGUGCUGGGCGUCUUGAACCGAGACGACCAGGAAUCUUUCCAGGGUGCCCUUCGAGAGAUAAAGAGUGCAGCAAAUGAGUGGAUGGACAGACAGAUCCAAGAAUUCCAGCUGGAGAGGAAGAAGCUCCGAGAUGCCAAGCAAAUGAGAAUUGAAGAAGCUGAAGACCGAGAUGACCAGCGCGCCCUGCGAGCUGCCAAGGCCAUUCAUGUUGAUAUGAACAACUCUGGACGGAGGGAAAUUGCCUUUGCCUGGGUUGACGGCGUUGCAUGGCAGCGCUGGAUUCGCACCACCUAUGGCAUUGACGUCAAAGAUGGAGAAAGAGUCAUCAUUAAUGACCAAGAUAACCGAAAGUACUGGGACAAUACCGUGACUGGCAACUACAUUCUUGUCAGCCGCACAUCUAUCCUCGAGACCCUCGACAAGGUCGUUUACACCCCACAAGCUCUGAAGCCCAAGCUCACCAUUUCUCCGUUUGAAAAGGUGUUCUUUGAUAUCCGCCUCUCUUUCACUGAUCACCCCUACCUGUCGCUUGGUUGCGUUGUUGGCAUUGCCUUUGGCGUCUUCUCCUGGCUGCGUGGCCGCUCACGUCGUGGCCGUGGCCACUUCCGACUGGAAGAUUCCAUCAGCAUCAAGGACUUCAAGGAGGGUUUCCUUGGUGGUUCUAACGGCAACACCAAGGCUGACUGAAAGGGUGAUGUGAAAAGACUAGUAAAAAAUUAAUAUUCUCUAAUUUGGAGUUUUUGAGGGGAACGGUAAAUGGGUUUGGCUAAAGGAUUAAAGAGGAGGGCGCGCACGUAUGGAGCUGUCAAUGAGUCUCUGGCAAAAGGGUCAGCUAUGCUGGCUGUUUCAAGAAGUGAAAGUGAAAAGGGGCUUAUGACCCUGCGGGGUUGAAAUGUAGAAGACGGCUGGCUCAAAUCUGACUCUGGUAGUAAAGAUACCCAAAGCCUUCGUCAUGACUCAUUCGGCCUCUUAAAGAGUGAAAGAGUCCGGGAAGCUUUUAUGGAGAGAGUGUGUGUUAUUGGUUGGGUUUGUGCUCUGCAUAUGCUCUUUUUGCAUGUCUUUGUAACUACUAGGUGGCUCUUGUUUGAACGUUUUGUUACUGCAAUCAUAUUUUACUGUAAAUGGUUUGUCGUAUAUUUCAUGCAGUCUAUCACUCUCUAUCUAGGGACUCCAACUAACGUCUUUGCCGAGUGCAUCGAGGCUCUCUUCUUCAUGUGUAGAGCUCAUCCGUCAGUCCGUUCAGCGUCAGACCCUCCUUGGCAAUCUCCUCAACCUCAAUCAAAAACUGCAGAGGCAUCUCGAUGAGGUUGCCACGGAUGCGGCUAAGCCAUUCCUUCAGCUCUUGCACGCCACCAGGGAAUUCCUCGCGAACGACGUGUCCGUAAGGAACCUUGCCGUCUUUGUCAUCGUCGUCGUCCUCCUUGUUCUCCUUGGCACUGGGAAUAGUAAAGUACUUGGAGAAGAACUGGUCGUAAUCAUCCCAGUUGCGGACUUUGUCGUCAGGAACAGGGUGGAACGCCCGGCUGAACACUUCGGUGUUGGUGGCGGCCGUAUCCUCCCAGAGCUGUAGGAAGUCAGGGCUCAGGGGGUCCUCUACAAGCCGGUCGGCAGAUGAGCCCCAGUCAUAGUCGUUGGGUGCGUCGGAUACCGGCAGCCAGUUUCGGUUUGGCUGGUCCCAUCUCUGGUCGGGGAGCAAGCCGAGAUGCUUGCGGAAGAUUUGUCUUCGGAGGGAGGCGGCAAAUUCGCUUGCCGCGUACUGCUCGCCGUUCAUGUAGGAUUCAACGGAUGGAGGGCCCUCAAUCACCACCGCAAUCUCAGAGUCGUGGGUUCCGAGCUGCGAGCGAUCGUUCAAGUUGGCAGAGCCGCAAAUCACGAGGCGGUCAUCGGCAAUGAGAAGCUUGGUGUGAAUGUAGAGCUGCUCGCUGACAAAGGCGUCGAAUUCAUCCUCGGGCUCGCCAUCCCAUGGGAUAUCGGCAAUAUUGGGGCCGUGCUUCAUGUAGGCGGCACUCACGGUAUCCAGAGUGUCAUCCUUGACGGACUGAGCCUGGCGCUGGUAUCUAUCAUAGUAUUGAGAAUCUUCAUCGUCCUGGCCGUAACGCUCUUCGUUGACAUAGUCGUCGUGAUAUCGUCGUGCGUCUUCAUACUUGACUCCGGAGCGGGAUUCGACUUGUCGCAUGGUUUGGGAUGUGUUGAUCCUAUCAUAGUUUCGAAGGUUGUAGAAACCAAUGUACUCCCUAGGAUUCUGAAUGCCUGCAGCAACAAGCUUUUGAAUAAUGGAAUGUCCACCUCUGCUGAUGGAGUUGUAUUGGUAUUCCAUAAUGGCCCUUGUUCCAAGAGCGUCCUUGGACUUCAAGUCUCCCGCAAAGGCGGGGACAGAGGGCAUCACCACCCACACCUUGAAGGCCUGGCCCUCUUCAUACGCUCGAACGAUACGGUCAACAAUAGCUGCGCCGA